AUGUCUGGCGCACGAUUUCUUCGUCUCCAACCUGGGGUAUACGCGCCGGUUCCAACUCCUUUUAAAAGCGAUGGAAUUGAAGAAAUUGACAUCACAGUCUUUGAGUCUACUGUCUAUCGCAUUGCCAAAGCUGGCGUCGGGGUUUUGAUCGGGGGCACGUUGGGCGAGGGUCAUUUGCUCAGCCGCGAUGAGCGUGCGACUUUGAUCAAGUCUGCCAAAAAGGCACUUCGUCACGCUGGUCUCUGUGACGAAAUUCCGGUAAUUACAGGCAUAGUCGGAGCGAGUGUGCGCGAGUGCAUUUCGCAAGCCGAAGAGGCAGCCUCGUCCGGAGCAGAUGCAGUCAUUGUUGCUCUUCCGGCAUAUUUUGCCUUUGUUUAUGGCAGCGAUAGAGCUGCAGUGUCUGGCUUCUUCACCUCCGUUGCCGACAAAAGCCCCUUGCCCUUGAUCAUAUACAACAUACCAUUCGCUGCUGGAGGAGUUGAUCUGGAUGCGCAAGCCUUGAUGGUUCUCUCAGAGCACCAAAACAUAACCGGUGUUAAGCUUACGUGCUGCAACAUUGCAAAGGGCCAUCGUUUAGCACUACAUGUCAACGCGCCCGAGUAUCAGGCACGACAUCGACUUCCCUUUCUAGUGCUACCGGGCUCUACGGAUUACCUUCUUCCUGCAUUGGUCGCGAGGCAACAUGGUUGUAUUGGCGGACCAGCAAAUUUAUAUCCAAAGACCUGUAUGAAGCUUUACCAAACCGCGGUUGAGGCACUGGAGACGGGAAAUUUUGAGAUGCUUCGACAGGCACAGGCGUUGCAGGAUCUCGUCACCGAAGCGGAUUCAGUGAUCAACAAAGUGGGAUUUCUUGGCAUCAAGACUGCCAUGCACAUUCACGUCGAUGAUGCGAUAGGUGAAUCAUUUCGCAAACCGCUGACGGGUCUUGGCCCAUCCGCAAAGGAGGAGCUGAAGGAUGGACUGCGAAAGAUUUUCGAAUACGAGAAUACUCUAUGA